UCGCCUGUUCGGAAGCAGUGUGAAGAAAUUAAAAGGUAUAAAUGAAGACUGAAAGGAAGAAGACGCUUCUUAUGAACUUGUUUAUAAAUUGUUCUUAUUUUUUAUUUUUUAUUAUUUCAUGGAGUGCCUCCGCCGAUAAAUCCGCGCAAUCAAACCCAAUCAGAGAAGUGAUCUUUGAUUCAAGCAAACAGAGAAGCCUGGAAUGGACGUCCUCUUCUCCAAAAUCUUGGAAAGAAACAUACAUGCAGCUUGGGAAGGAUUAUAAACACUUUGUCUACCAAGCCUGUAACCCCAAAUUCAGUAAUACUCCCCAAACAUUAUGGACCAAUUGGAUACCCAAGCAAGAUGCCCAUGAGAUUCAGCUGGACCUCAGUUUUGCCCAAGAGGACCAGCAACCUGUCUAUAUUUAUGUCCAAGGAUCUGACCAACCUCUGGAUCAAAACAUUGGGAUACCACGGGAAGCUGUUCACGAGAUCACAGCCCAAAAUCAAUUUCCUGUUGGAGGUGUUCCUCUGGAUGAGAACCUGAACCAUGCUCAGGGUCUUCAUUUAGGAAAGAUCUUUCAGAAGGGCUUUCACCUAGGAUUUUCCUACAGCGGCAUCUGCAUCUUUAUUGCUUCUGUCGAGCUAUUCUUCAUGAAGUGUCCAGAAUUUGCAUGGAGCCAAAUGAAAUUUGAGGAAACUCCCGCAGGAUCAGGGUUAAGUAAGGGAGUAUGUGUAAAUAGUGCAGUGGAGAUAUCCGCCCCAGUGAUGAAGUGUCAGUCAAACGGGACAUGGGGUCCACCUCAGGGAUUAUGUGUUUGUGAUGCAGGCUACCAGCCCGAGGGAAACAGUUGCAAAGCUUGUAGGUUGGGCAGCUUUAAACCAGCAAAUGAAAGUGGAGGAUGUUUGCCUUGUCCUCCCAGAAGUACAACACAUCAAGAAGGUGCAUUUCAGUGUGACUGUGAACAGGGUUAUGCACGCCUGCAGAGUGACCCUCCCCAGCUGGGAUGCACAAAACCUCCGUCACCCCCGGUCAACUUAACCUCCCAGCAUUUAGGUGACACAGCUGCGACUCUACAUUGGGCUCCGCCUGCAGACCUGGGUGGAAGAGCUGAAGUGGAAUAUGACGUGCAGUGUAAACAGAGACAAGAUGCAUCUGGGGAUCAGUGGGAUCCAUGUGAGAACACAGUGUUGAUUCUCCCUUACACCACUGGACUGAAACACACAGCAGUCAAUAUCACCAAAAUCAAGCCUGAACUGGAUUAUCAUCUGUCUGUCACAGCACACAAUGCCAUAUCUACUAUACUUGGAAAUCAUCACUCCAUGCAGUCAACUAUCAUCUACAAAGCAAGAGAUCCAUUAAGUACAUUGCCCAGUCCUGGUCCCAUUACCCAUUCCAAACAGGUGCUCUUUUCUGGUCUAAUUGCUGCUCUACUGUGUGGUGUCCUGUUUCCCUUCAUUCUCAUAGCUGUAUUCUUCUUUGUAAGGCGCCGCCACAGGAAACGCAGUGAUGAUGAGCAAGCGGUGUUCAUAUCCCACACUGGUGUGACGUUUCAACGUAUUGAUGAACCAGAACCCACAGCUCAAUCUGAGCAAAUCACUAUUCAGAUGUUGGAGGGGGUGAGUUCCAGACUGCUGUGCGGUCUAAGAGAUGUGCUGGUGGAGCGUACUAAAUUAACGAUGGGCAAAGAGCUUGGGAAAGGAGAAUUUGGGGCAGUCUAUGAGGGCAUAUUUUCCCCUCAAGGAGGAGAAGACAUCAAAGUGGCAGUGAAAACCAUGAGAGUUGGAAUCCACAGUCAAGAGGAUCUGGAGUCCUUUCUCAAGGAGGCAGAAAUUAUGCGAUAUUUCGAUCAUGACAAUGUAGUUAAAUUGCUUGGGGUUGCACUAGAACGAGAUCCACAGUCCUCCAUCCCUGUACCUCUUGUAAUUCUUCCAUUCAUGAAACAUGGAGACCUACGGCGCUUUCUUAUAGCCACUCGCUACGGCGACGUUCAAAUGUUUGUGCCUUAUCAGAGUCUUCUGCGUUUCAUGAUUGACAUUGCUGCAGGAAUGGAGUAUCUCAGCUCUCGGGGUUUCCUACAUAGAGACUUGGCUGCUCGUAAUUGCAUGUUGGGAGAUGACCUGCGCGUGUGUGUAGCUGACUUCGGCCUGUCUAAGAAGAUCUAUUCCAGCAACUACUACAGGCAGAAAGUGGCUGUGAGAAUGCCUGUAAAGUGGAUGGCCAUAGAGAGCCUGUCUGAGUCGGUUUACACUACUAAGAGUGAUGUGUGGUCUUUUGGAAUAACCAUGUGGGAGAUCACAUCCAGGGGGAGGACACCUUAUCCGGGUGUCCCCAAUCAUGAGGUCCUGGACAUGCUGGAGAGUGGACACCAUCUCAAACAGGGGGACAUCGACAGCAAAUUAUAUGAGGUGAUGUUGAGCUGCUGGCACAGAGAUCCCUCUCAGAGGCCAUGUUUUGGAGAGCUGGGCCAGAAACUCAAAGCUCUUCUAUCUGAGCUUCCUCCCCUGGAGGCCAGCAAGGAUGCCCACUACAUCAACCAGGCCCUAGAGGCAGCCAGUAAUCGGCAGGAUGCUGCAGAGGACGUGGAUCCUGAGAUGGAAGGGGCUGUAAACAACAUAUAUCUACCCGAACCUGUCAGUGGACUUGUAUACUAUUCCAGAUCAGUGGAGGACAAAGAGGAGGAUGGAUACCUGCUGUGCAAUAAAAAUGAAUGAGAACGUGGGCCAUGCCUGGUCUGUGUUGGUACUUAUGGCACUUACAAGGUUGUUAAAAGGGCUAUAUCUCACUAACUAAAUUUGAAUCAAAUGUGUAGUUACAUACAGUAUUCUUGUUUUCUCUAGAAGUGGUUUUGUAUGUUGUUUUACAGUUUUUCUCAAUCGCUUUGGCAUAAUUCUUGAAUGAGAAUAAUUGUUUUCAAAACAUUAAGUUCAAAUAUCUGAACAAUUAGUUCCUUGUUCACACCAUAUUUGAAUUUCUUAUUCAUUUAAGCAAAUUGCAUGUGUUUUGGCACAUAAGUACAAUUGUCUACAAUUUGCACAAUAACUAAAUGCACAUCUUGCUGAUCAAAACUGAGUUGAUUCUCAGUGAAAUUGUCAUACUGUUCUCAACUUCUAAACAUUCUUUCAUCAUGUGAGCAUCACAUGCAAAAUGAUCCAUUCAAUUAUCAAAAUCUGUCAGACGUACAUGUAUAUAUACAGUACAUAUUCCAUAUAUUCCGAAUGUUUUUUCAAUGUUUCUUUUUUCAAUGUCAUUUUGUGGCAAUUUUCUGUUCACUAUAUACAGUAUGACUUUACAUGUAAGAAAUGUGUAUAAGUGGACAUGCAAAUGUGUAUUUUCUAUU